AUGGCUGCGAGGAGCUGUGCCUGCACCGGUUUGUUCUGCCGGGCAGCUCCUUCCCUAACGCCUUGUUUGCUUUCGCUUCCUUUGUUUUUAGUCGUGGGCACACAUUUUUAUUCGGUUCCCAUCCUAGGACAGAUGAGUUGGGUUGGCAGGGACGGGCGGAAAAUGUGGCCGGCUGAAAGGAAGGAAGAAGUAAGGAGCCGAAAAUUCCUUUUCCACCUUUGGCCGGAAUGGGAAAGCAGAGCGGGAUACACGCACACCGUCAGGCACCCGGAAGGUUUAGCGCCCUGACUCCUUGCUGGGAAAGCAAAGCCUGGGACACCCCACGGAACGCCACCAGUGUGGCCGAUACUCGGCUGCGGUUCCAAAUGGUACCUGAACUUGGUACUCACAUGACCGUAAAACAGACAAGAUUGUGAAUAGCAACAUCAUAGGAUUUUCAUAAUGAGCAGCAGAAGAGGGGUGUUGUGCAGAGCAGCGACCCGCAGGCGCCUGCACCAGGAGCCAGCAUCCUGUCCGCAACGCUCCUUGCCCGCUCCAGCAGGACAGGCUGCCAGCCGCAUGAUUUAAUUGCGUGCAGAACUGAUCCUGAAACUGCAAAGACUGAGAAUCCUGUACGACUUACAUUUUCCCAAAUACAGGCACUGCUGUUGCCUCAAGCAACUUGACGUGGGAGGAGGAAGGGGAGCUGGGGAUGAAGGACUGAAGUUGAAGCUGGGAAGAAAAGGGGUAGAGAGAAAUUUAGUGCAUAAAAGAAAUGAUUGAGUCAGUCAAAUUAAGAAGACAGUGCAUGCUGGAUUUCUUCUCACAUUAUGAACAUCUUUGUGAACUUCAAGGCUCUCUCCCUCUGAAAGCUGUGAAGGCUAACGUGACUCGUGAUGCUAUUGAUCUCAUUGUGGAUCACAUCAAAGCUACUGAUUGGGCACCACUUCUGGAUGCUCUCAGGCAUAAUAAGACUUUGGCUUCUAUUAAAAUAAGAAGUUUACAUCAACAUGGUCUUGAAGAAUCAGGUGUUGAAAGAUACAAAACUUACUUUAGAAGGAGAAUUCCAGCAACUCUGCCAAAAGACUUGACUGGCCAACUAUGCAAAGCUGUGAAAGGCUGUCUCAGUAUAUCAGAUGUACUAAAACAUUUAGAACUGCAGGGUUUGCUUCUGAGGGAAAGAGACCUAGCACUUUUAACAAAGGGCUUGGCCACAGCUUCAUCUCUGGAAAAUGUCUCUUUAGCCCACUGUCCAAUUGGAGAUGGAGGGUUGGAAACAAUCUGUCAGAGUAUAAAGAAUACAGCUACUAUCAGAUUUCUUAACUUCACAGCAUGUAGCCUCACGUGGCGAGGGGCAGAACAUAUAGCAAAUUUAUUAAAGCACCAGGCAAUAAGAAGACAUGGUCAAGCUUGGGCUGACAGCCUACGUUACAGGAGACCUGACCUUGAAUAUAUGACAGGUUUGAGGCGGAUUACUUUGAACUGCAACAUGCUUGUUGGAGAUAGAGGAGCAAGUGCCUUUGCGGACUGUCUAGGAGAGGACCUUUGGCUAAAAGCGCUUGAUUUGCAGCAGUGUGGAAUAUCCAAUGAAGGAGCAAGGUCAUUAUUAGAUGCUCUUCAAACUAACACAACAUUAGUGGUACUUGAUGUAAGAAAAAAUCCAUUAAUUGGUCAUGGUCUAAUGAAAAAGAUAAUUGAAAGAGUUCUCAAGAAUGGAAGCAGUGCUGACUCAGAGUUUAAGUGGCUGAUGUCUCCGUCUUCCAAAGAUGCUUUGAAAACUAAGCCAAAGAAAAGAACUAUUGUCCUAGGAAGUGGUCGGAAAGGAAAAGCCACUAUUCGGAUUGUUAUCUGGAAGCAGAGAGGAUUAUCAUCCAAAAAAUCUGUAAGUCCUGGGAAGAAAAAUUCUACUGUGAGAGAGAGUUACUCACCAAAACCACUACCACCAGGCACAAAGGGCUUCCUUCCUUGGCGGACUGCAGAACGUGCAAAGAGAUACAGAGGCAGGGCAGCGGAUUGUGCUGGGGAAUUGCCAUUGAAGAUUCAGACAGCUGUACCUGUGAAAGUGACACUAGAACGUGCUUCUACAUCUGAAACUGAAGACACAGAAGAUUUAGAGGACGUUAUCCAGCAGACUGGUUUGUUGAAAUCAUUAGAUGAUAAGACUGAUGUAGCACAAUAUCAACAGUUACAGUUGGAGCUGGAAGAAUGCAUGGAAAAACUAAAGGAAGAACAGAAAGCUAGAGUAAAGGCUGAGGAACGAUUACUAGAGCUGGAAAUUGAAAAUGCAAGAUUAAGGAGUCUAAAUAUCUCCCUAUCCGAGGUUCUUCAUGCACAGUCAGUAACCAACAUGAUUUUGGAAGAUGAAGGUGUUCUAGGCAGCAUUGAGAACUCUUUCCAAAAGUUUCAUGCUUUUUUAGACCUCCUUAAAGAUGCUGGGCUUGGACAGCUUGCUGUAUUAGCAGGGAUAGACCAAUCAGAUUUUGGUAUUUUGGGGCAUCCACAAAUGAAUGCUACUCUCAGUAAGCCUGUGAACGUGGUAAAGGAGAAGUCUUUUGAAGAAGAAAGACAGGAACAUACCGAGAAUAACAAAAACAGAGGUGGAGACAUCCAACUUCCUCUUCCUGGUACAUUUCAAUCCCAGAUGGUUGUGAAUAAUGCCUUUUCAUCACUUAAAGAAAAGAGAGAACUUCAGGCUGCUGGACAGCAGUACCAGCCAGGUUUGUGGAGGGAAAAUGAAGCUCAAACAAUUAACCAAAAUAAAGAGAAUAAGCCUCGAAGUAGUACUCCAGUAUUAUCUGAGAGAAGAGUCAAACAAAAUGAACAAGCAAAAGGAAAUCACUCGGCAAGGCAGUUGGCUACCAGUCUGCAUUCAUUUGCUGAUUCCAGUGUACAAAUUAGAAGUGAUGAUAGCAGAAUAUCCAAUGGUAUUCCUGGUGAAAAAAGCAAAAAUUAUUCCUCUAAGAAACACAUUCCUCUAGCAAAUGAAACAGCAGCUCCAAGUAAUGGAGUGAGAGGAGACAAAAGUAGACUGCAGAUAGUAAAUGUUAGCUCUGGAACUGAUACUGUAGGAUCUGUCUCUGAAAUACAGGAAAGUAUAUCAAGUGUUAACAGCAUUUGAAGUGGUUCUAAAAUGUUUGAACUGUUCUUUGCACUUGCAAGAUUAUGUUUUGAAUGUCUCAGUAUAAUUAGUGAAUUUUUUGUAAAGUUUUGUAGACUUGGACUUUUUAAAGCAUUGCAUACUGCUCAGUAUUCCUGUUUCAUGCUUACAUUCUUUGUCACUAGAUUUUUAGUUUUGAAAACAUGUGAUGCAGCUAAAAUGAUACCCAUGAGUUUGUACUACGCAUGAGGGACUCGACAUACAGAUUUCAUUAUCACAGAUUUUUGAGAUAAUAAAGUUAAUUUGAGUACAGUUUU